AUGGCGCGGUCUGGCCUUAGCUCCCUCCUCGCGACGCGACAACACCAUCAUCACCCCAACGCCGACGAGAUGGCCGCUGCGGCCGCGUCGCUGUCGGCCUUCGACUCGGACACCUUUUGCAACACGGUGAGCAUUGCCGUCGAUGAUGAAAUCGGCUCUGCCUCCAUCUCGCCUUCGGGCAGAGACGUCGUGCUCGCAAGCCAGAGCGGCCUGCGCAUCAUAGACCUCGACAACCCCUACUCGCUGCCGCUCUACAUCCCAAACCACUUUUCGUGGAAGGUAGCUGAUGUGCAAUGGUCUCCGUUCGCUGCGAGGGCAGAAUGGAUCGCCUCGACGCGCAACCAGCAGGCCUUGGUGUACAAUCUGUCCAUGCCCUUCAACAACAAAAAGGCACCCAUUGAGUUCACGCUGCGAGCACAUGACCGUGCCAUCACCGACAUCAACUUCUCCGCCCACCAUCCUGACCUCCUCGCAACUUGUGGCAUGGACAGUUACGUGUUUGUGCACGACCUGCGAAGCCAGCAAGUUCCCCUGAAGCUCGCCGACUGGGAAGCAGGCGCACAUCAGGUCAAGUGGAAUCGCCAAGAUGAGAGGAUAAUUGCGAGUUCUCAUGACAAGUAUCUUCAUAUAUGGGAUGUGCGCCACGGAACCAAGCCCAUGUCUACCAUUGCAGCGCAUUCCACCAAGAUCUAUGGCAUUGAUUGGAAUCGCAAUGACCCUAGGAAGAUCUUGACCUGCUCACUCGACCAGACCAUCAAGCUAUGGAAUAAUGUUGGCGUGAACACUAACAUCACUACCCCCCGUCGCACCAUAGUCACUGAUUAUCCAGUCUGGAGAGCUCGACACACCCCGUUUCCCCACGGCAUUCUGGCCAUGCCCCAACGCGGCAGCUCAAGUCUUUUCCUCUACAAGCACAUCAACGAUAGCGCCAAGGAGACAUUCAACGAGGAUCCGGUACACCAGUUUCGGGGUCACGAGCCAGAGUCGCAGGUGAGAGAGUUUUUGUGGCGCUCCCGAGGCUCCACCAACCACGGAGUCGACAAUCGCGACUUUCAGCUUGUAUCGUGGGGCACAGACAACCAUCUCCGUCUCCAUCACAUCACUCCAGAACUACUCGAAUCGACAGUCGGCUAUCGCAAAGGCGAGGCUUUGAUUGAGAAGCCGAGCACGACUAGAGGCGGCGCUACAUACGUCAGUUACCGCGACGGACCAAUACAGACCACCACCGCAAUGGCGCAAAACGACUUCGGUCCUCCUCGUGCACCGCAAAAGGGAAACUUGGCAACGCUCUUGCAAAACACCACCAUCAGUGAACAGAGUUACAUGUUCAACGGCAAAACCAGGAAUGGCAAGCCAGGCCACGGCGGCAACAUGUUACCUCGAGAGACAAUGACUGCAACACCCAUCCGCCGCACCGAUCCGCGUGUCGUCGCUCACAUCAAAUGGAUCGAGGGUGUUCAAGUCGGCGCCGGGCCUGACAUUGAGGAUGUUCGCCAGCGUUCCAGCCCUGACAACUCUCUACCCCGCAAGCCAUAUGAUUUCCAUGUCGAAAUUUCUGACGUUGGCAAAAGGUACAAGAACCUCAACUUCGAGGACAUCAACAAACAGAACCGCAGCAUCACGGUCUCGUUCAACGGUCCGUGGGGCGAGGCAGACAACUUCGUUGAUGACAACAAGCUUGUCUUCUUGCGCUUCACCAUUAGGUUCCCCGACGACUACCCCAGAAUCAUUGAGAAAAAUGACAGGGGCGAAGACGUCGCAAAGCCAGGCAAACCCCUGCAAAUCGAGUUUGAGAAGACGACUGCAUCCAUUACCUUGGAUGAGCAGUUCGACCUGACAGAGGACAUGGAGCGCAUUGCGCAGACUUGCGCCGCCCAGAAACGCGAAGCACUCGGAGCCAUUCUGUCCUAUGCCCUGGGAGAACGCGAGCUGAGGGACAGCCUACACCUAGAGGACGAUGUACCUUUGCCGGAAUAUGAUUCCCUUCCCGGAGAGGAGACUUCAAGCGACGAGGACGACAUACCACACGAGGGCGAGUUCACUACUGACGUUAUGCAAUCCUCUCACACAAAUGCUAAUAUUCCACUCCCCAAUCAGUGUACUGCACGUUUCUCAAGUUUUGGUUCCCUCGUAGUUGCCAGGCUGCCCACGACCUCUACUGCACCUGCCUUGGGUGCCCUGUUCCGGAUUGGUAGGACCCUUCGACAUGGCCCAAGCAAGGACGACAUAUUCGACUCCUUCGGCCGUUUCAAUGCACGUCCGGCACACGACUCUAACGCAGGCUCCUCCCCAGCAUCUUCUGCAGGCUCUUGGGAAUUAUCGAGCUCUCCUUCGUCCAACUCGGAUUCCGAUCACGAGGUCAACGCGCACAUUGGCAACUUCCAGCCCCCUUUGGCGUGGCGGGAGCAAGUCCUUGUUCUUGCCCGGAGAGCUCUCGUGAGGAUCAAGCGCAAGGAUAGUGGCCUGGACCUUCAAUUCGAUGAGGCAGACACCGUGACCAAUCCCAAAUUGACCGGAAGGAUCAAAUGGGGGAACCAUGCUGUCGUGACCUGGCUGAUACCGGCUUUAUUCGCACAUUUUGAACGCCUUGCUGACACUCAGAUGCUUGCCAUGCUGUCCUGCAUAUUUGCAGAACCAGCAGCGCGCGAGGGAGCAACCUCGGCCAUGGCCAAAAUGAGACAUUCUCAUUUGCCCAUGUCCAUGGAGGCGCCUGCUUUUUCACUGGAUUACUUCGCCUCUUCUGAUGCUGCUUGGAGUCUUUUCAAGCCAACGAUUUCUGUCCCAUCAAUGCCUGCUCACUCGCGGCACGCAACACCAGUAACUGACCUGGGAUGGUCAAAAUCUCCCAAGAACGUUGGUGUCUAUGGCAGCCAUGGCAGCUCCAACGGUCCAUGGGGAAGCGAUACCAUUCCUAGUGAGCCCGUCACGCCCCGCUCUUUCACGACCAUUCGCAAGCGCAAUGUCUUCUUCGCCACCAGUCAAAUCACGAACCGAGGACCUUUCGACAUCUGCGCCGACGAGCGGAGUCACCUGGGCAAGAGAACGAGCUUUGGCCAAUCAGACUUGAUCAAUAUGGACGACAUGUAUGAUUCAGAUUCCGAAUACGAGGGGGUCGACGAGGAGGGUAGAUUUGGAAAUGAAGGCGCAUCUGAAUACACUCGUCCAAUAAGGCCAGGCGAAGGCGGCAACGACAACAAUUCGGGAGGUAUUAGGGUCAAGCUCAAGAAUCAAGACCAAUUCGACGACGAAGCAUGCGUCAGUAGACCUCUGCUAGACAUGAGCAAAGAUUGGCUGCAUCGCGCCUGGAGAGAGCAGUAUGCGGAAUUAUUGGGUUGCUGGGGUCUCGUCAGUGCGCGAGCAGAGGUGCUGAAGUUCAACGGCCUUGUCUCGUAUUUUCCGCCGGAAGCACCCAGGAACGUCGCAAAGACCGAAACAUCGUACCUUUCAAUCAAAAGGGCAAGCAAUGUAGAGGCCAACACCCCGGCAUCUGCUCGCCUCUCGAGAGCCUCAACAGCGCUAGCCCCUCCGUCUAUAAAUGGGGCGCAAGCCAAACGGACCCCUGCUGCGUCUCUGAGGAACUUUUCAUUCAACCCAGAAGCAACAGAGUUUCAGCCAGGAACGGUGUCCUUCACCGCAGCUGAAACCCUUGCACCGCCCCCAGAUGUCUUCAUAACCAGCGAGCAGUAUUUGCAGCUUUCCAUCCCAACUCCGACUCCUAGCAAAGAGCUAGACGAGAGUCUCGGAGGUCUCGGUGCUUCUCCGGGACAAGACAGGCUGCUGCAUCCACGCGGCAGUCGGCAAGCUAGACCGGACCUCUCUCGACGAACAUCGAAUGUUUCGGGAUCGUCUUGGGGUGUCGGCCGUUCACCCUCAGCCGUAGCCACCACAUCUGCCGCAAAGCCAACCGAGCCCGAGCCCAUCUACAGCUGCAGCAUCUGCUGGAUCCGUGUCUGUGGCCGCGUCUACCUUUGCCCCGCCUGUCUGCACGUAGCACACUUUGACUGCAUGGAUGACGAGCUUGGCAUGGACGAUGGCGAAUGCGUGGUCGGAUGUGGUUGCGGAUGUGGCUUUGAAGACGACGACGAACGCACAAGAAUGGAGGCAUACAUUGAUGGGGUCCGUGCAGCCAACGCUGCCGGUGUCGCUUGGGACGAGAGUGGCGGAUGGCUCCAGCUGGCAUCCACCGAUGACGCACAUGGAGAUUCCCUCCACGAGUCUACGGACAAGUCUGGAGCUGUCCAUGAUGAUAAAAGAGAGCGGGAGAGGGAAAGAGUCACUGGCCGCACAAGCAAGACGACUAGUCCAACGCCGACGACGAGCACGAUGAGAAAGCGCAAAAAGGAAAAGAAGAAGCCGAGGGCUUCUGGAUUGAGUUAUUACUGA